AUGACAUUGCAGAUGCCGAGAGACGAGAUGGAGAUUGACGCAGUUGAUGAUCAGUUGCAAUUGGAUAUGCUGCGAAACACCCCUACCCAAAAUUUUCCCGACUCGUUUGGCGACAUCGAUUCCGAACUAUUUGUGAGUGAAGACCAUCCUCCCCAGGUCGAAUCCAUGACAACUCUUCAUGAUGAGGGCAGAGUGAGUCACAUUUCUACGAACUCACACCAAAGAAACAACGGUCUUCGCCGCUAUGUCGGUAGGCAAGACAAAAGCGUCGAGAAUGCCUCGGACUACGAUCCCCAAACCGACACCGACACCGACACCGAUGAUGACUUGGGGGAUGCACCCACCUUAGUCUUGGAUGAAGACGGCGGCCGUAAUGAUGCAUCUUGCAAUGCAGCUGAGAAGUUGCGCAAGCCCAGACUCCCUCGAGGCCCUGUGGCUAAAACCGCCAAGCAAUAUAUUGCACGAGACCACCAGAAGAAGCAUCAGAAUCUCAAAGAGCAUUUUCGAAAGGAGAUUACUAAGAAGAGAGCAAUGGGAGAAGAUGAGGCGGACGUCAAGCCACCCAAAGCGAAGAGGCGUACGUGUGCACGCAAGUCCAAUGGUGCUGCCCGACCGCACAACAACUUGGAUAACAGCGCCGCAAUUCAGAAAACCGCCCACAUGUUCCACGAUAUUAGCAGUGUGGCUAAUGCUGCUAGCGAUGGUGCGAUCCCUGCUUCGUCCCAGAGCAGAGUCACCGUGGCAUCCCGCUUGAAGCAACUUGCCCAGGCUGAGACCCAUGGUAACGACAAUCGCCAUAGCGCGACUCAAAAGAGGGACCUGAAAGAAGCAUUGCGCUUUUUGGGUCGUGGUAUGGUGAGAGCUGUCGGUGAGACAGAUUACCACCUCCGCGGUAUGAAAUCGAAUCUUCGAGAUUGCCAGCUGACCGCCGUCGUGUGGAUGGUGAAGCGUGAAAACGCAGAAACGCAUCCGUAUGGCGGUGUUCUCGCAGACGCUCCUGGCAUGGGAAAGACAGUUGUGUCUCUUGCUUGCGUCACCGGUAAUCCUCCCGACGACGAGGAUAGGCGGGAAUGGAGUGGUGCCACUCUGAUCAUCCUUCCCAAUCAGACCGUCGCUGAGCAAUGGGGCGAAGAGAUUCAGAACCAUCUCGAUAACGUUCCCCCUGAUGAUGUCUAUUACUUCCGAAGAAGGUCCAACACCCUCAGCGUGGGCAGAAUUGCGACUUUCACGAUCGUGCUUACCACAUACAAUGAGCUUCUCGCUGAGUUCCCCAAAGGAGAGAAACUUGAUGAGUUGAGACUGAAGCACUCAGAAGAUCCCACUGCGUAUAGCAAUGAGUUUCAGACAUUGGUUGGCGAGUUAUUUCGCAUCAAAUGGUAUCGUGUCAUUUUGGACGAAGGCCAUCAAAUCAAGAAUCUCGAGGCUCGGACAACCCUAGCUGCUCAUCAACUCAAGGCAAAGCACUUCUGGAUUUUGAGCGGAACGCCGCUCAUCAACCGUGGAAUAGAACUCUUUCCGUACAUGAAGCUUAUCGGAGUCGAAGGCAUCACAACUCAGAAAGAAUUCGAGAAAGACUUCUUAAACACGGAGAACGGAACAGUUAGGAUUGAUGCUUUGGUCAAUUUGAUUUCUUAUCGGAGAACUGAAGAGGAUGAGUUCUUAGGUCGGAAGAUCCUCGAUCUUCCCGCUCUGACACCAGGGGAUCAGUGGGUUGAUCUGUCCCAAGAGGAGAAAAUCCUCUAUGAUACUGUGGGCAACCAUUACGAGAACAUCCAUCCACCCCAGAAGCAUGUCGCUACCCUUCGCCGGCGACAAGCCGUUUCGCAUCCCUAUGGCCUAGAAAAGGCAUUGCGAGAAGACAUACAGCCAUAUAGUCUGAAGCACAUGGCGCGCCGUCUCCGCGAGCUGGAAGGACAAACAUCUAUCCUUCACCAGAUCGGCACGCGUGCUAAGCGACGCGAGGUGCCACCCGUCCCUGAUACUGAUGACGAGAGUCAUGUCAGGGCCUUUGGCAAGAAGAAGAGAAAGAGUAAGAAGAAGAAGAAGAGGCUGAGCAAGCAGCAGAUAGCAGCGAAGAAAGCUCGGAAAGAGAAGCUGAUGGAGAAGGCGGCUGCACAAGUCAGAAACAUCCCGCCUGAGGAGUAUUAUUUCACCGAACCUUUCGGUAAAUCGACAUUCGGGCAAAGCUUCAACAUGGCAAGACUUCUGGAACUGACCAGCAUCGAAAAGUUGGUGAACGAACAGCGAUGCGGCAUAUGCGAGCGCGACCAGGCCAUGAUUGACCCUAUCGUACUGCCAACGUGCGAGCACAUGUUCUGCUGCAACUGCUUCGUUAACAAGGUUCUCAAAGCCAAUAAGGGUGAAUGCCCAGUAUGUGGCGUAGAACACAAUCGAGAGUGGGAAGAGGUGACAACUCUCAGCACAGAGGAAGCACGAUGUAUCAUGCAGGACGGAGACGGAGAUAACAGCGAUGAUACUGCGUCCAUUCGUAGCACAACACGCAAGACGAAGCAGAAGGCAAAUAAAACGAGCAGGAAGAAGGCCGAGGCGGCUUUGCGAAAGGAGACGAAGAGGCUCAUCAACCUCAGAUACGGCGCGGAUAUUCUGGGUAAUCUUCCAGUCAUCGAUGCGGACGACAAGGCCUACAUCAGAAUUGGCAUGAACAAUCCCGAAGGCGUUCCUUGCGCCAGUUCCAAGCUCACAGCUUGCAAGGACGUUGUCAUCAACUGGCAAAAAGAGAGCCCAGACGACAAGAUCAUCAUCUUCGUUCAGUUUGUCAAGACAUCCACCAUGACCGGUGUCAUGCUCAAUCUCGAAGGCAUCCCGUUCGUUUAUCUUACGGGAACAAUGACGCCUGCCGAGAAGUCCAGAGCAGUCUCCGAGUUCAAGAACAACCCUGAGGCCAAAGUCCUCGUCGCAUCCAUGAAAUGCGGAGGCCAAGCCCUCAACCUGACGUGCGCGAACCGCGUCAUCCUCAUUGAUGUAUGGUGGAACAACGCCGCCGAGCGCCAGGCCUUUGGCAGAGUCUUCCGCAUGGGACAGGUCAAGGAGUCCCACUACGUCCGCAUCCUCGCUCGGGACACAAUCGACGAGGACAUUCGCAAUCUCCAAGAGGAGAAGUGCGAGGAGAUUGAAGAGGUCCUCCAGGACGACCGCCACGUGCCCCAGGUUCUCGGCGAGUACGAGGUCAUGGCUCUGACUGCUCCCAAUGCCUGGGCAGAGCUUAAGGCCAACUUGCUUCGCGAGAUUGGAGAGGAGGAGGGGGAGGAGGGGGAGGGGGAUGUCGUGGCUGAGGAUGCGGCACCUAAGGAUGAGGACCUCACGAUGGCUGACGAUCAUAAGUAG